AUGGAUUCAUUAAAACUAAAAAAAUCAUGUUCCAAUGCACCACCACCAAAGGAGGACAGUUUGUCCAACCAACCAGCCUAUCUCAUCGUGCAUGCUAUGGGAGAAACAACUCUUUCUAAACGUUCCCCCUUUUUGAUUCAGAAACUUUUUGAAUCUACCAUUGGGCAUCUUAAAAAAAUUCAAAAGUUGAGAUCAGGAGACCUGCUCGUGGAAGCAGCCUCCCCUCAACAGUCUGAAAAGCUUAUGAAGACAAAAUCUUUAGGAGACAUAGAAGUCACCAUCACACCACACACAAGUUUGAACUCAUCACGUGGUGUGAUAUCUGAAAUCGAUUUGAUGUCUGAGGACGAAUCCGAUAUUCAGAUCGGCCUCUCAGACCAAGGUGUCACUGCUGUCCGACGAAUCUCAAUCCGUCGAGAUGUUGAAGGCCACCAGAGUACUGAGUGUACCAGUACUCCAUGCUGUGUUAACUGCAACGAUGCCCAUCCUGCCUACUCUCGGAAAUGCUCUGCAUGGCAGAGAGAGAAAGAGAUUCAGCGGGUGAAAACUGUAAAUAACGUAUCCUAUCCAGAGGCUCGACGCAUGGUCACCUUAAGCGCUCCUUUGAAACAGAAGAGUUUUGCGGCUGCAUUGAAGUCUACAAAGACAAUUGGGGUUCAAACAGAUAUUUCUGUUUCUCCAAAGGAAUCUCUUACUCGCCAUGCGAAAUGUUUAAUACUCCCAUCACAAGAAACACCAGCAAAGGAGAGUACAAAAGCAAAAACACCCCUACCUAAACCAGGGGUAAUAACGAGAAACUUAGGCUCCAAAAAAGCAAGCAAGAACCCGCUAAACAAACAGAGAGUUAAAGCUGCUCUCUCUAAAUCUAAAAAAUUAGAGGCACAAUCUAUGAGUGAGUUCUCUGACUUCUCUGAAGAAGAGACCCACAAGGAGGUUACAAAACCAAUGUCACCUCCAAAAGAGAAACUUCCUAUUAAAUUAAAGAGGGAUACCCUCGCAAAGAAUGCUGCCUCAAACACAUAA